ACCUCCAUAAAGCUCAAGAAGGAAACUUUUUCCCGACUAAAAGGCAUGUAAAGAAAUUAACGGUAAGGUCAAGAGCGUUAAGGCGCUAUCUUCCAGUAAAUUUUAAAUUUGACAUAAAUCUACAUUAUCUAAUGGAUAGUGAAGGCGUGAGGACUGACCCCCAGCUUCAGCAGUUCAUUGAAACUGAGUCUCAAAAGCAAAGAUUUCAGCAGCUGGUUCAUCAAAUGACGGAAGUCUGUUGGGAAAAGUGCACCGAUAAACCUGGUCCAAAGCUUGACUCCAGGACAGAAGUAUGUUUUAUAAAUUGUGUUGAACGUUUCAUUGACACAAGCCAGUUCAUCCUCAGCAGACUUGAACAAACUCAGAAGACAAGAGACUCCUUCUCAGAGACUAUAACAGACUAGCUGCAACCUGAAAUCUCAACAGACAGAACAACCAUCUGUUUCCAUACACCUUGUAUAAAAAAUCUUCCAUUAUUAUAUUCAAAGAGUGCCCGAUGUAUAAUAUUUGAAGAAUCUUGUCUAAGAAAUAGAUCAAUAUGUACAUAUGCUUGUACAAGAGGCCAAAAAAUGCUUGGCAAAAGUUUGUAUAUUAAAAAUGGAAUUGCUUACAUUUAAAAUCUCUUUUGUAUGAAACCACAAGACAAUCUUCAUGAAUAUACUUACAAAGACAUCCUUGUACUAUGGUAUGUCUGCCUGCUCAUACUGAGAAUCCUGGUAUUGUGUGCCUUUAUUGACCAUUUCCUUGUGUUUGUAGGAGCUAGGUGGUUUUCGAGCUUAUGUUUUGUUUAUUUUUUAGAAUCCAUUUUUAGAAAUUCAAAAAUACUAAAUUUAUUAAAAACUUGACACUAGAUUUUGUGACUUUUUUAAACCUUUUUAUUGGCUUUACUAAAAUGGGGCCUAGCUAACAAAAAAAGAAGCUAAUAACAGAUCUUCAUGAAGCUCACUUCAAAGCUGCUGUUAUAUUGGUUGAGUAAGCAGGUUCUCUUGAGUCACCACCAGUGUUUACAUCCAGUGCCUAAGGGCCAUGUACUUUGCGUUUGUUCUUUAUUUUAAUUUUAAACUGAAUUAGAAAAAAGGUUUACUGUUGUAAUCAGCUUGUUGAUGAGUAAUGUAAUAAUUAUAAACUAUUCAAAGUAAUUGGAUAUGUAAAUUCAAUAGGAUCUGUUUUUGAGUUAAUUAAAUCAUUGUGCCGAAAUCAAAAUACAAAAAUUAUCAACAAUUUUUUUUCAUCAUGAAAUGCAUGAUUAAGCAUACGUGAUUUUAUGAAUUUUUAUCUUAGGGGAGAAUAGCUGGGGAAGUAUUGGUCUCCCACGCAUGCUUGUGCUUUGUGACUCAUAAGACAAAUGUUUGGAAAUAGAAUCUGUUUGCCAAUGGCCACAAUGAUGUACUGUUGGAAUACUACUGCAAAGUGAUCACAGAAAAUCAAUUAUACUAUAAUUAUGCUAUUAAGUUGUGAUCUUCAAAAAACAACUUCUGAUUUUUGUUACCUUAAGUCUUAAGCAUAGAUGCUUUGUAAAAGUCAGAAGGAUCUCUUGCAAAGUAGUCUUAAAAUCUUACAUGAAAUGUAACUUUGCUCAUAUUGUGGCUUGUGAUCUAGCCUGAAUAAAUCAUGAUUACUAGAUCUCCCACACCUAUUGUUGAUUGUAUUAUCAGCAUUGCCAAUUGUCCAAAGAGUUGCAUUCUUGCAGGUGUACUAGAUAGUUAUAAAGUUUCCAACUGGUGCUGCACGAUUAAUCAUAUCGCAAUCGCGAUAUCAAGCCUGUGCGAUUAUAUGAUGCAAAAUGCUGCGAUUUUAUAAACUAAAUAAAUGUGUGUGUGGACAUGACAACCCA